AAGAUUUAAAACAGGUGUUAGUUUAUUCGUAUUCUUCUCUGCAAACCCUUAUAUUUGACACUCAGAACAUGGGAGUUUAUAUCAGUAGAAAACUAACUAGUCCGCCAUAUUGUAUUUAGAAUGACGUAUGUUUAACUAACCAUGCAUUUUAAUUGUAACAAGUUUUGAUACAAAUAGAUAAAUAGCAAUGCAAAUAGUUUACAGACUACUGACCCUGCAUUGCGAAUAGAAUGGGUGGUGCGCUGGGUACCCUUGGUUGCGCCCACGCAGCGGUUCACAUUGAUGCUAUGGAAGACGACGAGGGCUCUAGAAAAACAGUUGAACAAGGCUCAACCUGAGCCUUAUGUCUACAUCAUAGAGAAUAGUGAGAUGCUAGCCGGUGUCAACUACGUUUUUAAUGUCACCGCGAUCAACAAUGACGGGACCGUCGAGCAACCCAAGAGUUUCAACAUAGACAAUACGCAAGGAGACAACAAACUCAUGAUUGAGGGUAGAAACGAUAUGAUAUCGGUAUUUUUGGUUGGAGCUCAAAUAGCGAAUGCCGAUGAAACUUUCACUGUUAACGCCGAAGUCACAACCUGCUAUCCUACUCAAGAUUAUUUUUUUUCUUGGACUGUUCGAGCUGUAGAAUCGGCACAUGUUUUAAACGUAUCUCACAUACUUAGUUCCAAUCUGGAAAUAGCACCGUUUUCUUUGAUAGCUGGCUUGACAUACAAUAUCAAUUGCAAAGUUUUGAGAAAAAGUAAUGAAGAUCUCAUCACACAGACAAAUUUGCCAUUCAAAGUUGCACAUAGAGGACUCGAAGUAUAUCUGAGCGCAGACUAUUUGAUGGUUUUUACUAAUUACACGUUCUCCUUAGAAUCUUUAGUCAUCAAUCAUGAUUAUUAUGAAUCGCCUUUGACGUACACAUGGCAGUGUUUGUAUGAAAAUAAUGAAAACUGCAUUGAUUUCGUAGAUUCUAAAGAGAACGGUACGUUAACUUUUCGAGAUGGAUUACCUUUUUUGGGAGAAUACACGGUGAUGUUAAAAGUGACAGUUUUAGAUCAAGAAUGUUCAUGGAAUUGCACAAUUAUUGUAGUGGAACAGAUAUUACCAAUUCUUCAGGUAACUCCAUUACGAAGAUUACUAAAUGACGGCAGUGAAGUAGUUCUAACUGCUAAUGCCAGUAAUGUAGCACCCACCUGUUCACUUACCUGGUAUUUUGCCACCAAUGAGUAUUUAGAUUCUCUAAACGAAAACAUUUGCAACGAAACUCAAGAUCAUCAGCACGGAGAACUUCUCUCGGAUACCCUGACGAUAUUUUCUCUUGAAGAGCAGUUUCUCAGUGAAUUGUCUGAUUUCACGAAUGAAACUGAAUGGAGGCAAGUGACAACUAGCUUACGUGCUCAGGCUGGUCGAGCGAGAUUCUUGGCGGAAUGUGGCUGCUCCCUCACCUUCAGUUGUAAGACAUUAGGAGAGGUGUACGCAGAUAUCUGGUUCCAACUUAAUAAGAGCCCUAAGGCAGGCGAAGUCAAGAUUGCACCAGAGUCAGGAACUGCGUUGGAGUCUACGUUCCGCAUCAGCACCCGUGCAGCUGUUGAUCCUGAUUCUCCACUAAAGUACUCAUUCUAUUGCUCGAUCGGAGCAGACGAAACACUUUCGUUAGCCUCCAAUUCCGACCACCGAUCUGUUGAGACAAUUUUACCAUUUGUCGUUGACGGGACAGAAGUAUGGGUGGAAGUUUGCGAUGCAUUUGGUGCGUGUUCCAAAAGUAAUGUAAAUAAAAUAGUACUUAGUCCUGGUGAAGGUAGAACGUUAGAAACUCUUUUACAAGAUGCAUCUGCUCACGUCAGACGGUGCGAGCUAGAUCUGUUGCGGAGAGUUGCAAUGUCUGCUUUGGUUACCUACAAUAAUACUCAACAGACUACCGCCUUUUCAAAAUUAUGUGAUAGUCUGCGUGAAUUGCUGUUGGAGAUUAAAGAAGAAUGUAGAUAUAGAAAUAUUGAGAAGUAUUCAGAUCUCUUAAACCAGUUACAACGUUUUGGUUUCGAAAGUAACAAUCACAUUUAGAAUACCUAGUUUUCUAUGAUCAGUCAAGUUUUCAAAGUUUAUGUUACUAUUGAAUAUUUAGUGUUCAUUAAUAAAUCAUAUU